AUGCGUUUAAGAGUGAAGAAAGGAGGAGAGUGGGAGACACGGCAUAAGUAUGCCCAGAGGAGUACGGAACCAACAUCGAUGAAGGCCACACAUUCAAUCAUCAUCUUAAAUUUGCCUAACAAUCCCAUACAAUCCAAUAAUACACCCCACACCACCAACUAA